AUGGGACGCAAGCUUGUGCCCUCCAAAGUACAACAGCAGUUCCACGCCGCGGCAGAACGGAAAAUUAUCACGCUGAACGGCGUUAACCUUGCAGUUGACCUCAACCUGAUUCCUGAUGCGCCGCUGAUCAUGCUGAUCCCCGGCUGGCUGGGCAGCUCACAAUCCUCUUAUGCGCGUUCCUGCGCUACUGUUCUGGCCAGGAAUGGUUUCUCAACCGCGCGUAUCAAUCUGCGCGAUCACGGCAACACCGCACACCUCAAUCAGGGCCUGUUCAACUCAGCGAUGAUUGAAGAAGUGGUUGCGCUGGUCGCUCACCUGGACGAACUGUAUGGUACAAAAGGCAGCGGCUUGAUGGGUUAUUCCCUGGGCGGCAAUUUUGCGUUGCGGGUGGCCAGGGCUUUGCCCGGCUUGCCUACGCUUGCAAUUGCACCGGCUAUGGAACCCGCCAGCACCAUGUAUCAGAUCGAUGCCAGCACCAUGUACCAGCGCUAUUUCAUCAAGAAGUGGCGCAGCGUGUGGCGGGAAAAAGAUAAAGCAUUCCCGGGUGUGUACAAUUUCAAGAAUGCACUGACAUUGAACACCGUCAGCGCACUGACUGAUUAUUUUGUCCGCUACCAUUCCGACUUUGACUCAACAGACGAGUAUUUUCAGGCUUAUGACCUGUCCGCGGAUGCCCUGCAGGGGGUCAAUGCUCACAUCCUGGCUGCCGCUGACGAUCCGAUUAUUCCAGCCGAGCAGUAUGGCCGAUUACCAGAAGGCAUCGUUCUGCAUCUGACCCAUCGUGGCGGACACGGCGCUUAUCUCGACUCCUGGCGGCUUUCCAGCUGGGCGGAUACCUAUGCAGUGCAGCAUUUCAAAGCUGCGCUGAGCAACCAGACCCAGGUGUAG